CGCAAGUCUUUACUCUGCUUACCUAUUGAUUUUUAAAUCAGUAUUUAAUAAUGUGUGUGUGUGUGAAGUUCCUUGGAGGUGUGAAUCAGGUGGUCUCACAAAUGCUCAGAGGAAUUUCUGAAGUAUUCCACAAAGUAAGAUGAAAACUUUUGGUGGAGGGAGAAGAGAAAAACUAAAAAACCAUUACGCGUGCAAUAUGAUAAUCAGAGUGUAUGUUGACGUGAUGUUUGCUCUUUGGAAAAGUAGGUCACCUUGUUUCAACAGUGUUGUAGCUUCGGGGAUUUACCUGCGUUCCCUGCAUUAACAUGGCACAAGUGAGUCACGAGUCAAUACGUGAGUCACGAGAACCGUUUGGAAUUGAGUGACCUUGAUGACUCACGGCUGUCCGAGGUCGGAUCUAAUUUUGUUGCAUGUUAAAAAUGAGUCCAUAACCUGACGUCUGAUUGAAUCGGAUAUCCCCUUCUGAUAACCACACUAGUAUAUCAGACAUGUAUUUCCGGGAAACGCCACUGAAACACUUCGUUAUAUCAAAGGCAAAGCAGGCAUGCCGUCUCCCUCGGAGUAUCGUCUGUUCAGUUUGUCUGCGUGGGAGCGUGUGAGACUCGGAGACCCGAAACACAGCAGAUGCACAGGUCCUCAGGUCUGGGUAAGACCAAGCGGAAGCCGAGCACGGAUGCCGAGUGCCCACCGAACGGCGUCGGAGCAGGGGCAGAGCGCAUCUACGAGCUGCACACGGCAGCGGUGGCCAAGUUUGCGUACACGGCAGAGCGCGACGAUGAACUGAGCCUGGCGAAAGGCGCACGUCUGCUGGUGCUCGAGAAAUGCAGUGACGGCUGGUGGCGCGGCCGCUGCGGUGACGGCCGGGUCGGGUGGUUCCCCUCCAACUACGUCCAGGAGGAGGAGGAGGAUGAGGAGGAGGAGGAAGAUGCAGGUAUGGGUGAUGGGCAGAGCGCACGAGCGUUGCACAAGGUGCAGACGCUUUACCCCUUCAGCUCGGCCACAGAGGAAGAGUUGAAUUUUGAUAAGGGGGAAAUCAUGGAGGUCUUGGAGAAGCCUGAGAAUGACCCCGAGUGGUGGAGGUGUAAAAACAGUCAAGGCCAAGUGGGCCUCGUGCCCAAAAACUAUGUGACAGUGCUGAAAGAUGGGUCGGCACAAGGAGGAGGGGCCAGCAGUUUCACGGUCCAUCCUGUGCAGCAUGCAGGCCCCACCCACACAGGCAGAUUCGCUGGGAAGGACUGGUACUACGGCAGCGUGACGCGGCACCAGGCUGAGUGCACGCUGAAUGAGAGGGGAGCCGACGGAGACUUCCUAGUGAGGGACAGCGAGUCCUCUCCGAACGACUUCUCCAUCUCCUUGAAGGCAUCGGGCAAGAACAAGCACUUCAAGGUGCAGUGCGGCGAGGGUGUGUACUGCAUCGGGCAGCGGCGUUUCAACACUAUGGACGAGCUCGUCGAGCACUACAAGAAAGCACCUAUUUUCACCAGUGAGCACGGAGACAAGCUCUACCUUGUCAAACCCCUGCAGUGACCCCCCCCCAGCCAAAAACGAACCUUAUCAGACCUCACACUGAGCCACGCCUCCUUACUGAACUCCUUGAUGGUCAGUUCUCACCAGCAAGAGUGCCAACUCACGCAACUGGGCGGUGACACUGUCCCUCUUACUGUUGAAUUUCCUGUUUACUACGUCAGAUAUUUUGUCCUCGCUGGACAUAAAACCGUCUGCUAAUAAAUCUUUCCAGUUAAGUGUUGACAUAAGAGAUAAGAUACGCUUUUGUUGCCGCAGUUUCGAUUCAGAUUUUACACUGCGAACAGACUUAAGCUGACAAGAAGUAGCCUUUUAAUUUUAUUUUUGUUAUAAAUUGAUUCGACGGUACGAUAGGGAAUAUUCUGAGCCUUCACAUGGCAGUCUGUAUCAGAGGAGCUACAGGACUGUCUGUCUACGUGUUGCAAGAAGAGCCAAUUUGUGACACACAGAUACUGACUGCCCCCUGCUGGACACACACGCACAUGCACGCACACACAUACAGAAGGAUGCAUGGACUCACACAAGGGAGGUCUGUUUAUGAGAUGAAUUGAAUGUCAAAUGCUCAACCAAAUGUGCCACACACUCGUUAAGUGUAACGAUCCACAUUUAUUCCGACCCAAAAUCGACAAUAGCCUGAGUCGUACUAUAUCUGUAUGGGUAUCUUGUAUAAUUACAAGACAGCUUUUUUUUUUCUCUGUACACGCCUUUAAUUUCCCAGCUUUUUAAAAGUAUUUGUCUGAAUGUAAGAGCACUGUUAUUUAAAUCUGUGUCUAUUUAAACUAGAGCAUAAGGUGCAUAUAGGAGUUUACUAAGCACUGUACCAAUGACCGUUAUGUUGGACGUUGAUAUACAUUUUGUUUAAUUAAACAUUUUGCAAAAUAAUGGUAAAA